AUGUCUUCCUUUUUCACAAUUCCCUCUGCUCACAAGAAGAGGAAACGUACAGAGGAUUCAGAAAUUCCUAAAAAAAGACUCGCAUCAAAACCUUCCCGGGUCGAGAAACCCGCACCGCGAAAACCUCAAAGGGACGAAUCUAUAUCUGGCAGCGACGACGAUAGCAAUGGAGAAGAAUUUGGCGGUUUUGACGAUGAGGAAGGCUCACAAGGCAGUAGUUUGGGAGGGGAUGAUGGAGAGGAAGAAACAGCAGCAGAACGUCGUCUGCGUCUUGCUGAACGCUACCUCGAUAACGUCCGCCACGAAGUCAAUGUCGAUUCGCACGGAUUUGACGCCGAAGAGAUCGAUCGAGAGCUAAUCGCCGAGCGUUUACAAGAAGAUGUGGCCGAGUCCAAGGGCCGCAUGUACCGUCAUUUGGCAUCAGAGUUGGAAUUUGGAGGGGCAAGUCAUAGUUGGUUCAAGAGCAAUGCCGAGAGUAUUACGGGAAUUGCGAGUUGUGCGCCGUUUGCGUAUACAGUGUCCAAGGAUUUAUGGCUUGUGAAAUGGAGGAUACAGGACUUGCCUAAAGACCAAUGGCUACCGACGAAAGGAAAGAAGAACAAGAAACCACCACCUCCGCCAAAACGACGACCAGAACGAGUUCUCAGUGUUAGAGGAGACAAAAAGAAGAGCAAGGAUAAUUCGUACCAGGGACACACCGGUAUCAUCCUCACAGUAGCAUGUUCAGAGGACGGCAAAUUAGUCGUCACAGGCGGCAAAGACCGCAAACUCAUCGUCUGGGACGCCUCUACCCUCAAACCCCUCCGUGUCUUCACCCAACACCGUGACUCCGUCACCGGCCUCGCUUUUCGCCGCGGCACCAACCAGCUUUACUCUAGCUCUAAGGAUAGAACUGUAAAAGUAUGGAGUCUCGACGAACUCGCAUACGUAGAGACGCUCUUCGGUCACCAAGACGAAGUAGUCGAUAUCGCAGCUCUAGCCCAAGAACGUUGCAUCAGUGUCGGAGCACGAGACCGAACAGCGAGGUUAUGGAAAGUGGCUGAAGAAACCCAACUCGUGUAUCGAGGCGGCGGUGGCUCAAAGUCUAAGGGCAAAGCUAUGGAGGGUAGUAUGGACCGUGUAGCUAUGAUCGAUGACGAGAUGUUCGUCACAGGUGGAGACAAUGGGAAUAUUUGUCUCUGGACAAUUCAUAAAAAGAAGCCAAUACACACGGUUAGUGCGGCGCAUGGGGUUGAAGAACAGAUGCCGAGUGAUGAGGCGAGUGCGGAGGUCGAGGAGGGGAAAAGGGCUGUGCCUGAGCCACAAGUGAGGUGGAUUACGUCUUUGAGCACGGUACCGUAUUCAGAUGUCGUAUUGAGUGGGAGUUGGGAUGGGUGUUUGAGAGCCUGGAAAAUCAGCUCCGACAAAAAGAAACUUGAGUCUAUGGGGGUGGUUGGGUCUUUGGAUGGUCAUGGUGCUUUACACGUCAAAGACACUCCACUUACCAAUGGCGACGUCAAGCCUGGUGAGGGAUCAAUUUCAAAAGGGGUUAUGAAUGAGAUCUCGUUGUUUGAGAGAGGGGAUAGAGGGAAAGAUGGCUUAUGUGUUGUUGUAGCUGUUGGCAAGGAGCAUCGUCUGGGCUCCUGGAAAAAGGUCAACGGCAAGAACGGUGCUGUUGUUUUUGAGAUACCAAGGAUAGAGACAUGA